GUAUCACAUAUAUAAGGAACGCCUGCUCAAGUCCGCUUCAAUAGUCGAACAAACUUAAUCUUUAUCAGAACAUCUAAUUAGCAUCGCGCAGUAAAAUGCCAAUCAAAGUGGUGAUAUUAUUAGUUGCAGUGGCGAUUGGUGGCGUAAUUGGUGAUUUUCCCGAUGAUCCCAAACCCUGCAAACAUGGUGAUGUGGAGUGUAUUGGGAAACUAUUUAACUACUUUAUGAUUGAAAAACACGGAGGCGAUACAAAUUACGAUUUGAAGUCUAUCGAUCCUCUCUUUCUCGAAACAUUGGUAGUGGCGCGAGGUGCCGAAAGUCCAGUUAAUAUUAGAUGCUCAAUGAAUGGUUCUGAGGUCCUGGGGAUAAAAACUUUAAGAUUUGAGAAAAAGAAGGGCUUUGGCAAGGAGAUUGCCGGUAAACAUGAAAUUUCAGGCCAAGCCCAGUAUCUGUCACUGGUCGGCGACUAUGUCAUAACGGGUAGUGUCUUGAUUUUACCCAUAAAAGGCGAGGGAAAAGCCAAUAUUACCAUGCAUGAACCCAAAUAUCGCAUUGGCUGGACCGGAUCACCAUAUGAAAAAGAUGGUGCCACUUAUAUGAGAGUCAAGAAUUUCUAUAUUGAUUUGUAUCCCAAGAGUAUUACGUUCAAUUUCGAAAACCUCUACAACAACAAGGAAUUAAGCGACAACAUGAACAAAUUCUUGACCGAGAACUGGAGUGAAAUCUAUCCGGAGCUAGCCGAACCUCUGACACGUGGUGUCAGUUUUGUUGCCAACCAAGUUGUCGAUCGUUUCUUUGCCAAAUAUCCAUAUGAGAAAUAUUUUACAAAUUAAAUUGUAAAUGAAAUUUAUGAAAUUAAAUGAAAAUAGUCAAUAAAUAAUCGAGGCAGAAUGGCCGUAAAUGGAGGCUCAA